AUGGCUGUCACUCGCGACGGUUACAACUCCACCGAGCAUCUUAUCCAAGCAAAGCCCCGACGACACUAUCGAACUGCAGUUCGGUGGCAGCAUUGGCAAUUGCGAUCCCUCAUUGGAGUCCAUGGUCAAGAUGCCGUCUUCUUUCCGCUGGUGGCGGGGGAGCGGCACAUAACAGUUCAACGAUUAAACACCACGACUGGCGAAUCCGAGACGGUCAAACGGUUGUCGUUCCCACCUAGGUGUCUGGUAGCGCGCAAUGGCUGGAUCUGCUGUGGAGGCGAGAAGGGCGCCUUCAGUGCCUUCCGGGUCGACGAGCCUUGCGCCGAAGACGAUAUCGAAACACUCCUCGAACUACAUCUGCGCGACCGAGCUGCUGGGAUGCCGCUGGACAUGUCCCGAUCAACCCGAGCGAAUGCUGGCAAAAAUUCAGUGGCUCGGAGCAGGCAUUGUGGCAAAGAUAGGGUGAACUGCAUCACUCUAUGGUUCACACCUACAUUGCAAAAGCCAUGCAAGGGGGCUUACGACGAGGGCGUUGCCGUUCUGGCCAACAACGAUAGCACCGUUAUUGUUGCCAGUCUGUGUAACAUGGAGACACUCGACGAAAUCAAGUACCCCGACUUUAUGAACCGCGCCGUCAUUUCCCCGGACGGACAGCUUCUGUGUGCCAUUAGCGACGACCCCUAUCUUUAUAUCCACAAGAGGAGGUUGAAGAAGUCACAAGCCGCAGGCAUCUCCUUCUCCAUUUCGGGCCAGCCGCUUUUUGCGCUGUGUUUCUCGAGUACUGGUAGAUACCUUGCGGUGGGAACCCAGUACGGAACCAUCUCAGUAUUCGAUGUGGCGGCACUCGACGUAGCAACCGCCGAUCCCGUAUGCGCUGUUUUUACCACGUCACGACCAAACCAGGACUUUGGUGCCGUGCGUGAUAUGGCCUUUGCGCCAGGCCCUAUCGAUCUGCUGGCUUGGACCGAGGACCGGGGCAGGGUAGGCAUCGCAGACAUUCGUACCGGGUUUGACAAGAGGCAGAUUCUGUACCUGGACCAGGACGAUGACUUUGAGCACUUGCCGGUGGUGGACCGAGACACUAUUGACCCUCGUCUGAUUGAGGAAUUCCGGCGUGAGAGAGGUGACAUCCUUUCUAACUUUUCCAGCACCCUGGACUUGGCUGGCGAGCGGCAGGGCCGGAGACCAGAUGUACGAGAAGCAUUGGAGAGAUACAACAUACCACUAACACCUGAAGAGACGGUUGUUCUGGAAGCCAUUCAAGGUAGCCGAAGGCGUGAGAUGGUGGCCCUAGAAGCAGUGGAGGGUGGCCGGCGGGCCUCUGAACGGUGGGGGUCGUCGACCAGUUUUCCGAGGGCAACAUCGAACAGCGGCGGUGCCAACGAAAGCGGUACCGGUAGCGGAUCGGGGACGGGGACGGGGACUGGUACUGGUGCUGGGAGCGGAGCGGGAAACGGAGCGGGUACCAGCAGAUCCCCAUGGGCUGAGCGAGGCUCACGAUCAUCCUUGACUCCUGGUGCCGCGAGAACACGAGACCGUAGCGCGAGCGUUUCUCGUGCCGUUGACGAUCUCCUUGGGAACGUUCGCGACCAGAGGGAACGGCUUCGCGACAACCUGCGCAUGCGCGAGGAACAGACACGCACGGCGCGGGAAGGUUACAGCAGUACCAGCAACACUGCUGCUGCUGCCACCGGCGGCAGCUUUAUUGCAGAGAGACGGCGGUAUGCAGCACCCCUUUCGUCGCGUCCUCCUGUUUCAGGUUCUCGAAUUGAUACUUCGGAUCGGCGGGCGCUGGUGGCGCGGCUGAUGGCCAACGCGAGCCCGGCUUCCUCUGCGAGCAGAUGGGACAACGUGGAGGCAUUGUACGGCGGCCCCUCACCCCAACUUGUUGUUUCUCUGCUCACCGCAGCGGAUGUCCCUACCACAAGCUCUUCUGAGGAUGCCCCGUUUACUGACCUGCAACGGCGUAUUAGAGCAGCGUACCUGAUGCGAGAGCUGGAGGAGAGCCCGACGAGGCGCAUGUUUGGGUCCAUUGUGCCGUCCCAUAUCCGACCGGAACCCUAUGACACAGCUGGCUUGUCGUGGAGCGAGGACGGUGAGGUCUUGUUCGUCGGCGCCGAGAGUGGCGUGUACGAAUUCCACAUCAACAAGCUGAGUCGGAAGCUUUUCCCAAGCAUGGAAUUCCGCUAG